AUGCUCACUUUCAAACCGUUCAGGCGAACUGCGCUUGCUGACGAUUAUGUGCGCUCUCCUGACGAGAAGGCGUUGGUUCGCCGCCUGGAUAUGUUUCUCAUGACAUUCGGUUGUCUUUCCCAAGUCAUCAAGUACCUCGACCAACAGAAUAUUAACAAUGCCUAUGUUUCUGGAAUGAUGGAGGACCUCCACUUAUAUGGCAAUCAGUUGAACCUUUUCACAACUUAUUUUAAUGCUGCAUACUGUAUCAUGUUGAUCCCAUCUCAGAUAAUCCUGACUUAUGUUCGGCCCAGCUUCUGGUUACCUGGUCUUGAGAUUAUCUGGGGUGUUCUAACAGGACUUAUCGCCAUGACUACUAACGCCAAACAAGUCUAUGCUCUCCGUGUGUUCUUGGGUCUCUGUGAAAGCAGUGCCUGGCCCGGGAUGAUGACCCUGUUUAUGUACUGGUAUACUCCAACUGAACUUGCAAAACGGAUGGGGUUCUACCAUUCAUGCCAAGCUGUUGGCCAGAUGUUAUCUGGGGCUCUGCAGGCCGCCAUCUCCGAAACUAUGGAUGGCCACGGCGGACUCGCUGGGUGGCGUUGGCUGUUUGUGAUCAAUGCAAUCAUCACGGUUAUAUGGGGUUUUCUUGGGUUUUUCAUGAUCCCCGACCUCCCCAACAAGCCCAAUCCCCGUGCAUUCUGGUUCAGGAAAAUUCAUGCGGAGCUGUCCAUGGAGCGUUUGGCACGAAACGGCCGCGCCGAGCCCAAGCCCAUGACAUGGGCAGGUGUCAAGCGUACAUUUUCUGGUUGGGUCGUUUACUUUAUUGCAAUUCUAUACAUUGCAACCGUCCUCGGCACCUAUGGAUACGUAUACUUUUCGCUUUUCCUGAAGGCACUCAAGAAUCCCGACGGCAGUCCUACCUGGGGCGUCUCGCAAGUCAAUGCGAUCCCAAUCGGCGGUUCCGCAAUCAAUGUCGUCUUUGUCUGGAUAUGGGCACUGCUUUCUGAUUUCCUGGAAACUCGAUGGACCCUCAUCGUUCUGCAGGGUAUUAUUGGCAUUAUACCGUGCAUUAUCAUGAGCAUCUGGACAUCUCAUCCGGACUCGGUCGCCUUAUCUGCUGCCUAUGCAUCCUAUUUUAUCUCCUACAUCUGCCUUGGGACUGCUCCCCUCAUCUUCGCCUGGCUCUCUGAUCUCAUUCCACAGGAUCCAGAGGCUCGCUCUUUGACUGUCGGUGUCUCGGUUGCCGGUUACUAUGCUAUCUCAGCCUGGUCACAGGUUCUUGUCUGGCCCGCAUCACAAGCACCAUAUUAUAAAUAUGGCUGGCAAUCUGCGCUUGCGCUGCUAGUUCUGGUCAUAAUCAUGACAUGCAUCCUUCGUUUUGUUGAUGUCAUGUAUUUGCUGCCAAAACGCGUAGCCUUUCGCGAAGAACUCGAUGAGCACGCUGUGCAGGGUAAGAACAGCGUACCUGCACCGCCAGAACGCUCCUUGGAGAGUUCGAGCUGA